CCUCGUCAGCGCGGUUCGGCACCCACAAAUUGACCUCUUCGCGGAUUAUUUUUCCAAUCUGUGUCCGAUUAGUAUUUGUUGUUGUUGUUGUGUUUGUGUUUUUGUUGUGCGUGUGGCGGGCUCCACUGUACUCGUCAUCCUCCUCUAAUAUUCGUGUUGUACUGUUGAGCUGAGAGAGGAGUCUGAGCUAUAGCGAGCGCUUAAAAAAUGCACCGCAAAGUAGUACACUGUACUAGUGUCUCCACACUAGUUGUUUUAUCUGUGAGGUCUUUAGAGCUGCGUUUCUUAGCGGUCAUUAUGGUGUAAAAUGCCACCUUGGCUCUUGAUGGCGUCCGAGCGGACAAUAGCGGGAGUCUCCGGCACGGAUGAGUAGCGCGACGUAGCUAUAGACGCGAGACGGGCGGGCGAAAAAUGCGACAAAACGCUUUGUGGCCUUUGGCGCGUCCCGCGAGGGCAUUCUCAGCCUGCGCUCACGCCACGACGCUCCUUCCCUCGAUCCUCAUUUGUCCUCGUCUUCUUUCUUCCUCUCCUGUUGGUCCAAUGAUGAGCAAAUAUUCGGACUCAAACUUUUUGGACGCAAACAUUUGGUUGCAACAUUUUGUCCACCAAUUUUUGGGGUUCCAAACAUUUGUUCACAAACUUUGUCCCAAAAAUUUUUUUCCCCAAAUAUUUUUGAACAUACAUUUUUUGUCCCCAAUUUUGUCUGUCUCAGAAUUUUGGGCUAUUGUAGGACAAACGCUUCUUUAUAUUAAUCCGUGUGAUCAGGAGGCGUGGCUCAUUUCCACUUGCCUGUAAAGUUUGCUACUUUAUGGUCCUGAAGGCGUCUUCGUGGCGCAUUCCCAGCCGGUGGCGACGCUGCCAAUAAAAAGUCUCGUUCCCUCGCUCGUGACUCCUCGCUGCGCUGACACGUCGAGACGACGCAACCGACCUCCGCCGUCAAACUUUCUCCUGGCAUUCCAGUCCGAGGCCCGUCCGUAUCCCCGGGCCGCUGAUGUUCCCGGCUUUUGUUCCCUGGCUGAUUUAUUUACGCCAGCGCGGCCGGCGUUCUUCGGGAGUUCCCGGUGCUCGCCACGCUGCCGACGUGCCAUCUUUUGAUAACGAUCGUCAUUUUUGCCGAUUUUCUGACGGAUGUGACGGAGCAAAUCAGUUACUGAAUCAUCAUCAAUUUGCGUUUGCGCAUUUUCUGUGCUGUCAAUUGAAAAUCAUGUCUUGUUGUUCAAUAAAAGGAUUGACAUUUGAAAAGCUUUUGUUCUUGUCCGAUUCAUCGAAAAAUGGAAAAGCAAUGGACAGAUUCAUCGACGAUUCAAAUAACAACACAGUUCUCUCCGAUUAUGAUCACGACGCUGAUCAACCACAAAGAUCGGCCCAAGAAGUCUGAGCGCACCUCGGCGGCCAUCCAGCGCGUGGGCCAGGCGGUCAGCGUGGCGGUGGGCCGCUUCGUCGCCGUCGGGGAGGCCAUCGCCCUGGAGAACCACGAACUCAAGGACGAGAUGGGGCACGCCUGCUUCGAGGCGCGCCGUGCCGGGGACGCCAUUUCCCAGCUGACCGACGUGGGCCCGGCCCGCGCGCCCCCCUCGCCCUCGGCGACGGUGUUCAGCGACCGCACCGGCAUGGUGAAGGCCGCCCGCCUGCUGCUGUCGUCCGUCACCAAAGUCCUGGUGCUGGCCGACCGCAUCGUCAUCAAGCAGAUCGUGGCGUCGCGCAACAAGGUCCUGGUGACUCUGGACCAUCUGGAACACGUAAGCACCUUCCAGGAGUUUGUGCAGAUCUUCAGCCAGUUUGGCAACGAGAUGGUCGAUUUCGCCCACCUCACCGGAGACAGACAGAACGACUUGAAAGACGAGAAGAAAAAAGCGCGUAUGGCCGCGGCUCGGGCCGUGCUGGAGAAAUGCACCAUGAUGCUCCUGACGGCCUCCAAGAAUUUAGAAUUUUGGUGCUCACAGACUUGCCUGAGGCACCCGGACUGCGAGUCUGCGCGCAUCAACAAGGACGCCGUCUUCCAGCGGAUGCGCUGCGCCCUGGAGCAGGUCGUGGACAUCGUGACGGAGGCUCACGGCUGCACGGGCAACAUCCUCCCCGCCAGCGUCUACAACGCCGUCAAGGACUACAAGACGAGCGUGGAGUGCCUGCGCGACGACCUGUACGCCUCGCUGCCGGACAGCGUGGGCCGCCAGCUGGAGGCGCUGGUGGAGCGCACGGAGGACUUCACCGACUCGCCGUACACGGGACACGAACAGCGCCAGGCCAUCCUGGGCAUGUGCCAGCUGGCCCGCCAGGACGCCCGCCAGCUGCUGCACGCCUGGACCCAGGCCCAGCAGUCGGUCCAGGCCAAGGAGACCACAGAGGAGUUGGAGGUGGCCAUCGCCAAGUCGUGCCAGAGCGUCAACGAGCUCACACGCGAGCUGCACAAGGCGGCGGUGGGCCGCGCCUCCGAGCUGCUGAGGGUCCACGCCGAGCACUCGCCGCUGCGCGCGCUCAAGGCCGCCGGCGCCGAGGGCAACCUGGAGGCGGUGGCGCAGUAUUCCCGAACGCUGACCGAGCAGAAGGAGCAGCUGGUGGAGAACUGUCGGCUGCUGUGUCACGUGUCCGGGACCGAGCCGCUGGAGAUCACCUGCGUACACGCCGAGGAGACCUUUCACGUCAUUGGGCCGCAGAUCAUUUCGGCGGCGCAGACCCUGGCACUGCACCCGUCCAGCAAGAUCGCCAAGGAGAACCUGGAGGUGUUCUGCGAGGCUUGGGAGUCUCAGCUGGGCGACGUGGCGCUGCUGCUGCGCGAGAUCAACGACGUCGUCGAGGGAAAGCGAGGAGACAAACGAGCAUAUUUGUCACUUCCCAGAUCCGGAAAGCAUUCCGCUAACCUAAAGAGCGCCAAGCCUGUCAAGUUGGACGCUGAGGAGCAGAGCGGCGUGGCCAAAGCGGGUCUGGAGCUGCGGCUGCUGUCGUCCGACGUGGACGCCGAGCUGGAAAAGUGGGAGGAGCAAGAGCAGCGGGCGGUCCGCCACAGCCAGAGCGUCGCCAGCAUGGCCUACAACAUGUACCUCUUCACCAGAGGCGAGGGGCUGCUGAAGACCACACUCGAUCUGUUCCAUCAAGCUGAGGUUCUGUCUGAAGAAGGACUCCAGCUGUGCUCGUCGCUGCACGUUUUGUGCACGCAGCCGCUCAGUGAGGAGAAGUCGGCGCUGACGUCCGAGGUGGAGACGCUGGCGGCGUUGUGUCAACAACUGCAAGCGGGGGCCCGGACCCCCGUGCAGGGCAAGAGCGCCACCUUCCAGAAGGUGGACUCGUCCGUUCAGACCACCAGGGCCGUGCUGACCCUCAUCCUCAAGCUCCUUCCGGCGUGUAACAAGCGCAACACAAAGACAGAUAUUAUGACAGACGUCCUCAUUUCGCAGUCCAAGUCCGAGCGGAGCGGCCUGGGCUCGCCGCAGGAUUGGCGACCGGACGCCCCCACGCCCGUCCGAGAUGGCGACGACUUUGCCGUCGAGCCCUUCGAGCAGCACCUGUCCGGCCUCAACCUGCUGGAGAGCAACUAACGGACGCGCCGGGCCGGGAAGGGCGUUAUUACCCCGACGAAGCCGCCCGAGUGGAAUCAAGAACUAACCCUGCCCCCGGUGACAUCGACCAUGUUUGUUUUGUCUUGUACAAAUAUAGUGGAUAUAAAAAGUCUACACACCCCUGUUCAAAUGCACGCUUUUUGUGCUGUAAACAAAUGAGAUCAACAUACAAAAAAAAAAAAAAAAAUGUCUUCAAUAAUAACUGAGAUUGCAUGCACGCACCCUCUUACAAGUGGGGACGUGGCUUUCUUCAGAAUGAACCAAUCACAUUCAGACUCAUGACUGACUAGCACUGCCUGCUAUUUGGAACUGUUCAUAAUUCCCUCCGCCUUGACUAAGGCCCCAGUUUCAGCGGAAGAAAAGUUCAACCCUGGUUUAUACAUUUUGCAAAAACACACUUGAAAUCUCCCAAACGCAUGUGGGAAACUGUGUGAUGGAAAACUAAAAUGUCAGAAAGCCUACUGGAACACCUGAACUUUAUUUCGGGUUCAUCAGAGGUACUUUAAAUCCUGGCUCUCAUUUAACAUGAGUUUGAAUGUGAUUGGUUUAUUCUGAACACAGCCACAUCCCAGUUUGUAACCAGCUAACCAUCAGUAAGUAAUGAACUCGCUCAGUAGCAUAUAUAUUUUGUUUUUAUAUCACAGAAACCGAAUGUUUGAACAGGGGUGUGUAGACUUUUGAUAUCCACUGUGAUGUUGCACACCAGCUACGUGAUUGUCGUCUUGUCGUGAUGUGUCCAUUUUCCGCUACUGUUACACACUAUGUGCCAUAUAACUACUAAAAAAAAAAUAAUAAUAAUAAUCAUGUAAUUGCCAAAUAUGAUCAUACGAGUGAUUUGUAAGCAUUACGUGCCAUGCAUACUGACGAGUGUUCAAAUGGAAGUGCACGCGCAUCAAUUUGUGUUGAGCUGCUUUUUUGUUGUUCGUCUCAGACUGAGAGCAGCGAAGGAUGCUGGGAAAGUUCAGACGUGAAGAAAUCAUAGCUUUAGUUUUGGAUAUAAGGAGAAGAAAAAAAUGACACGAUGGCUAAAUAAUAAACUAUUUUUUAUUACGUCA